AUGGAACCAGAUAUAUUCAACGUUUUAAAAAAGUAUUUACAAGCUGGAGGAUCACCAGAGAAAGUGGUAGAUUUAUUAUCAGAGAAUUAUACAGCUAUAGCCCAGACUGUUAAUGUUCUAGCUGAAUGGUUGAUUCAAAUAGAGAGUGUUGAUAUAAAAGAGGUACAAGUCCUGGUAGAAUCUCACUUAAAAGAAAUGGUAAUUAAAUGUUUUGAUCCUAAGAAAGCUGAUUCUAUUUUUACAAGUGAAGGAGAGAUUCCGUCGUGGUUAGCUGAAAUGAUAGAGUAUCCAACAUGGCGUCUGUUAUUUUAUAAAUUAGCCGAGGAAUAUCCUGAUUGUCUUAUGUUGAAUUUUACUAUUAAGUUAAUCUCUGAUGCUGGUUAUCAAGGGGAGAUAACUUCUGUCUCUACAGCUUGUCAUCAAAUAGAAGUUUUCUCCAGAGUGUUAAGAACGUCUAUUUCAUCAUUUCUAGAAGGUGGGGAGGACGCUAUAGAAAAAAAUCUUCAAGAAUUUACUAAAAUGGUUUGCCAUGGAGAACACACUUACCUCUACAGUCAAGUUUUAAUGCAUAUAUUAGCACAAGAACCUAAAGGUGGUUUUAAUAUUAGAAGAUUGUGUCAAGAGUUACAGAGAUGUGCUAAUGAAAAGGGAUUGGAUAUAACGCCUAUCACUAUGGCAUUAUGUGGUGCUGCAGCUUACCCUCGUGCCUGUCAAGCUUUAUCUUCUAUGUUAUCAAGACAGGCUUUGAACCCAGCUGAUAUUACAGUGUUAUUUAAAAUGUACAGUGAAGCUGACCCUCCUCCAGUUGAUUUGAUCAGAGUACCAGCUUUCUUAAAUUUGUUGAUAGAUACAUUAUUUAAACUAUCAUCAAGAAUUAAUCCAGACCAUAAAUCUAAAUAUAUUUACUUACUAGCUUAUGCUGCUAGUGUAGUAGACAUAUUAAAAAAGGGAGGUAGGAAGUCAGUAAAUAAGGAAGAAUUAAAACCAACAAUACAAGCUUUAGAAAAAACACAAGCAUUAUGUACUGACAAUAAAGGUUCAUCGGAACUAAUAGCUGAUGUCGGCACUUUAUUCCAAUGUUUAAAGUUUCCAGUUGUGUCUAUGGGUGUGUUAAAAUGGGUAGAUUAUGUUGUAUCAGAACCAAGUUAUUUUAAACUCAAUACAGACCAUACACCAAUACAUCUAGUCUUAGUUGAUGAGAUAGCAACAAAUCAUAUACUAUUACAUCAAAAAGCUUUAGACUUAUUAAUAAGAUUAUUUGAAGGUUCUUAUGAAGAGUUAGAUGUACUUGUCAGGUUAGAAUUAAAGAAAAAGUUAUUGGACAGAAUGGUACAUUUAUUUAGUGGUGGGUGUGUUAUUCCAGUUGUUACUUAUAUUAGAAAAUGUCAAGAUACACAAGAUACAGAUGUUUCUUUAAUUAGAUAUUUUGUAACUGAGGUAUUAGAUGUAAUAGCACCACCAUACACAUCUGAUUUUAUACAGUUAUUUUUACCACUAAUAGAAAAUAAAGAUAUUACUGGUUCUAUUAAAUCAGAAGAUGGAACAGAUCCAGUUUCAGAAUUUAUAGUCCAUUGUAAGACGAAUUACAUUGUCAACUGA